AUGUUCCCAAACACCGGCCAGCAAAGCUCCGUCUUUGGAGGUGCAGCAACAAAUCAACCUGCAAAGCGAAGUUUACUCGAUCUCGGGGAUUCACAAUCGCAGCAACAACCGCAGCAGCAACAACCGCAACGGUCCAACCCAUUUGGGUCCUUGCUACCCAGCGCCCCGGCAGUUACUAGCCAGCCAGCAACUACUCCCUCCUUCGGUCAAACCACCACACAAAACACUCUGGGCUCGUCGCUUUUGGGGAACCAGCCGGGGGCGCAAACCCAAUCGCAGUCCCAGCCGGCAACACAGCCCAUUGCCGCUUCUCAGUCCACUCAACCUGCGUACUUCAGUAGCUUGUUGGAGCGGGGUAAAAAACGUCCACACGCGUCUACUGGAGAUGCAGCUUCUGCGGACCUUCCUAAUCUUCAGCUUGGUUUAGAUGAUAUUCGGAGAGCUGCGCGAGGAUUGGGGGCGCCUGGUGAGCGGCGAGGAUUGGGAGGAAAAUGGCCGGAUAAUAAAGCACACUACUCUCUUGCGGCUUCCGGUAUCUCGCCCGGCCAAGUCUUGCAGGAUUUGAAAAUGCUGGGUAGCCAAACCACAGCGAGUAGCCCAUUCAAGAGUACCGACACAUUCGAUCCCGACAAUCAGAAGUUUCUACGGCAGGUUCAGCAGCGUGGGCGGGAAGCGAUGGUUGCUGAAAGUCUUGCCCGUGUCCGUAAGGACUUUGACGCUUUUCUCGAGGAGAAAGUGAAUGUCAACUGGGACGAGCAGCGCAAAAAGAUCUACGAGCAUUUCGGCUUGAUGUCUAGGGAUGACUCUGCGCGGGGAACGUCUGAUUCUUCAUCCCGCGGCUCCUUUGGAAAAUCAGCUGCACUGGGACGGUCCGCUGGGGGGACAGGUAUGCCGCGGGGCGGCGAUGCCAUUGGCAGGCGCAGCAUAUUUGGUCGGUCGGCGUUGGGGAAAUCCGUUAUUGGGUCUCCUUCAGUCAACGGGCGUACUUCCCAGUAUCUUUCUGAUUCCGCAAUGCGUAACGAGGAAGGUGCGGGAGUUGCCUCUGCUGAUUCUCGUUUCCUGAGAGAAAAACUUCGGCACUUUGCGAACAGCGUUCAGGAGCUGAAUGAGGCGAGACUCCAAGAAAGGACUUUCCCGAUUCUACAUCGAUUUGCAGAAACCGAGCGGGUCGCCGGUGGGGAUGUUCCACGGCAAUUAUUUGAAGCUUACCAUGCCCUGAUCAGCAUGGUAAAUGAAAGCCCGAACUCCGCUAGUCUUUCAGAACCCGGUGUGCUCAAGGAACGACAAUUCGCGGGCGACUACCUAGAUGAUUCUUUACAUUCCGUUGGAGCAACGAGGAUGAGAAAGAGAAUUAUCGAAGGGUCGCGAAAAUUUUUGGAACAGUUGUUUCAUAAGGAAGUCGAAAGUAUUAUUACAAAGAACCCGCGGGAAGCCCAGCUUGGUGGGGUCCCUUCGAUAACCAACAAGAUUCGCGCUUACAUUCGCCUUCGCGCUGCACGAAAGGACCUUGCCCCUGAUGGCACGGAACUCCAGAUGGUCGGCCAGGAUUACUGCUGGAUCCUCAUUUUCUAUCUCCUCAGAUGUGGUUUCGUCAAGGAAGCAGCGGAAUAUGUGAGCCAGGAUCCAGGGUUCCGGUCACUUGACCACAAAUUUGUUACCUACAUGACAACCUAUGCGCAGAACAGGCGGCUUCCCAGAGACCUGCAGCAGAAGAUCAAUGGAGAGUAUCAGCAGCGUUUGCGCAAUGCUCCGGAGAAUACUGUCGAUCCAUAUCGCAUGGCAUGCUAUAAAAUCAUUGGCCGCUGUGACCUCAGCCAACGUCGGUUUGAUGGCAUCGGGCAGGGCGUUGAGGAUUGGAUGUGGUUACAGUUCGUUUUCGCUCGGGAAGAUAGCCGAACUGAGGAAGUGGCUGGGGAGCUCUUUGGAUUGGAGGAAAUUCAGAGUGAUAUCAGUGAAAUCGGACUGCGAGUAUUUGGAAAGGGCCAAGAUGGCCCCGGCGGCUAUGGAACUUUCUUCCUCCUCCAGAUCCUCGGAGGCAUGUUCGAGCAGGCCGUAUCGUGUCUUGCGCAUCAUGAACCGAUCAGUGCUGUACAUUUCGCAAUUGCGCUGGAUUUCUAUGGCCUGCUCCGUGUUUCUGACUUUUUUGCGUCAGGGGAGGAUUUAUUGACGUUUAGCACGAAACAACUUCCCCAAAUCAACUUCGCAUCACUCAUUACACAGUAUACUCGAGAAUUCCGCACUGGUUAUGUUGAAGCUGCAGUCAACUAUUUCACUCUUAUAUGCCUGAACGCGGAUCUUCCAGGAGAGCUUGGCAAAUCCCAGGCUUCCGUCUGUCACGAAGCUUUGAGAGAAUUCAUUUUGGAAACUCGAGAUUUUGCGCUCCUUCUAGGAGAUAUCCGCAGCGACGGCACCAGAAUCAAGGGCGCGAUCGAACGGCGACUGAAGCUCAUCAAACUUAUCGACCAAGAAGAAUUCUUAAAGACGAUCACUGUUCAAGCAGCAGCCGUGGCCGAUGAUAAGGGACUCAUUACUGACGCCGUUCUGCUAUACCACCUGGCUGAAGAAUACGACAAUGUUAUCUCCGUAAUCAACCGCGCACUUGCGGAUGCUAUUGCUGUAGAUUUGGGCGAUUCGGCAAUGAAGCUGCAGCCCCUAAAACCGCGAACCACGCCGAGCAGCCAGGAACAACCACAGCAGCCUCAACAAGCAAGCACCCUUCCUGAACAGGGAAGCAGCCUAAGUCUCACGGCGGUUGAUGACCCGGUUGUGCUCGCUAAAAAUAUGAUUGGGCUCUAUAAUACCAACGCGCUCUAUUACCAGAAAAUACACCAGAUCAACAGGGAUGCAUGUGGCCUAUUGCUACGCACAAUGGAAGCAAAGGCGAAUGUUGCAGCCGGGAAAUGGGCGCAGGCGCUAGAUGAUAUCAACAAUCUCCAGAUCCUCCCAUUACGAGCCCAGGGCUCUGUCACGUACAUCCGCAGUGCCGCGCAGGCAUUCCCAUCCCUCCCCCCGGUCAUCUCCAGGAACGCCGGCCAGCUGAUUAUGUGGAGUAUGAUGUGCAUCGGUCGCGAACGGGAAAGACUUCAACAAGGGGCAUACGCGAAUGGCAUGAGGCAGAGCUUGGCGGAUGAGCUUCUUGUGAUGGCGAAAGACUUGAUGGUUUUCGCGGGUAUGAUCAAGUACAAGUUACCACCGCGGGUUUAUGAGAUGUUGGCCAAAGCGGGCGGGGAGAUUGGGCUGUAA